AUGUUAUCAGUAAGAGACAGUAUUUUUUCGAAAGAUGGUAUUUUUGGACUGGGGCUGUCAACGGAAAAUAUAAACAACAGUCUACUGGAACAACUGUUAAAAAAUGGAGUUAUUGCUGCAAAAUCAUUUGCCUUUUGGAUCAGUACAGUCACUCUUUUGGGACAACUGACCUUGGGUCGAGUAGAAGCUGAUAAGUUCACUGGUGAUUUGGUCCCCCACAUCAUUGUGACGAGCGGUUCACGGCCAGAAAUUUAUUUGCACUCUAUUGAUUUGUGGUUUGCUGAAAAGCCUAGUGUUCAAAUCCUUACUCAUCCUGUUCUUGCUUUUCUUAAUCCAAGUGAAAAACACAUUUAUCUCCCUCCAGCUUUGUUUCAGACCUUUCACAAAAAUGCUGAAUUCUACUACAGCAGCAUUUAUAAUGGUUACGUAGGGCCUUGCCGCUCUUCUGGUUCUCUGAAUAUCAAAUUCUCAAAGUUUGGUCUGGAAAUCCCCCUGACAAGUUUGCAGCAACCUUUGGAAGGAUACAUGAAUACAUGUAUCUCACUGGUCCGUCAAGCACCUCCUGAUGAAAGUGCUACAUUGGGGCAGCCGUUUCUUCAACAUGUUUACACUUUUUUUGACUAUGAAAAAAAAGUGAUUUCACUGGCAAAAAUUGUAAACAACCCCCGGAUCCAUGCAAGAGACUUGCAGGACACUGCUCAAGAUGGAAUUUCUAUUAGCGUUUCUGCAGCAGGCUCAUCAAAUGGCGGCUCAGUACAAAGGGUAAAUACACUAAGUAUUCCCUCAAACUAUGGUCUCAACUUGGGUCUUGCCAAUGUUUUUGCCAAUAUUGGAACCUCUUCGGCCUCAGCAGAUACCUCUGUCCAAACGUUUGAGGCUGCUCCCUUGGCUGUAGCAGCAACUGUUCAGCCAGUUUCAAACAGUGCUGCUGCUCAAGUUUUAAAUUCUUCACCUGCAACUAUUGCCACAAUCAGUGACGGUAAAGCCAUUCUUACAACCAUUAGCUCUGUGUUCCCUGUAUUGGAGUCUUCUGUUAGUUACGGCAAUGAUUUAGUUGGGGCCAAUUUCCUGGCACUUGCAACUGAAGCCAAAGCUAGCGUUUCUGCAGGAAACGGUGUUGGUGGAGUUUCUUUCAGCACAUCAGGGACUUCUGUUUCGUUAAAAGCUAGUGAAGACGGUAUAGCUCAGGAAUCUGAUAAAACUGAAAGCUUGGAAGCCGAUGUCUCAGUGACAGCAGGUCCUGGAACAAGCGUAUCAUCAAGUGCGACUGCCGCUGCUGGUCUCGGUACGUCAGUUUUUUUUAGCUCCACUUCAACUAGUCUCACAAACGGGACUCCAGUUGCAAGCUCUAGUACAUCUACAUCUGUGGCAGUAAGCUCAUCCUUUUCAACUGCACCAAUUUCUACUGUUGAAAUGGCAACAGCUCUUACAUCAACAACAUCUACUGGUAAUGCUGUUGCUACUGGAACAAGCAUCUCAGUUAGUGCAGGCCUUGGUACAAGUUCUUCGGCUACAGUGACUGCAUCCGGGUCUAAUGGGGCGGUGACAGGUGUUGCUGUUGUAGCAAGUGCGUUAGAGAGUGAAACUUCAACACCGGCUCAAACUUUGGCCGCUACUUUUGCAACUGUUUCAGCUGUCGCGAGUCAAAAAACAAGCACAACUACGACCACUUUUUCUGAAGCUCCUGCUACAACAAGUACAAGUUCUGUGAGUUUGGCCGGGAAAACAAGUACUACUACCACCACCUUUUCUGCACCACCAGCGACAACAAGCACAAGUUCUGUGAGAUUGGCCGGGACAACAAGCACAACCACAACUACUUUUUCGAAUCCUCUUGCUGUAACAAGUUCUGUGGGUGGGUCGACGAGUAAUGCUGGUGGCCAAACGAGAACUUCAACAACAACAUUUACAGCGUCCACUCCUUCACCUACAAGUGUUUUAGUACAAUCUAGUAGUGGUCGAAGAACAGUCACAACCACAACUACAUAUUCGCCUGUUGAAUCCAGUUCGUCAAUCAGUAGUUCGAUUGCCCCAGGAAGUAGUACAAGCUUCAGUACAGGCACGACUAGCACAUCUGCAGUUUCUGUGGUAAACAGUUUUACCACAAGUUAUACAACAACAAGUACUCACAGCAAUACUUAUACCGAAUCUUACACCACACAGUCUUCAUACACAACAACUUGGGUGGAUUCGGGAAUUGCAACUCAAAGCUCCCAGUCUUGUCAUGUAUGUCAGGAAACAUCAGCUGCUGGAAGUUCCGUAGGUGCAAUUAAUACUGGUGGUUCUGUGAAUACAGCAACGACUUUAAGCUCAGCCUCCCGAACAACAGUGGCCCAGCCCACCACGGUACAAACAAGUCUCUCGUCCACAGCAUUUUCAUUAUCUGCUGCCCCUAGAAAUUCUUUCUCUUCUUCUAGGAGUUUUGGGAAUACAAGCACCACAGCGCAGAUUAGCGGCUCAUCCAGCCCACAAAGCCAAAGUACUAGUAGCGGGUACAAGUCCACAACUACGGUGUACAGAUGUCCUGGGUCUUGUCAACCCAAGAGUGCCGGCACUUCAGCAACAAGUCACAGCACAACUGCUACAGGAAGUGCGGUGGCAACUUCUGGUGAAAUCUCUUUUGCUCCUACAAUAGCCUAUAGCACUACUUCUGCGGCAACUGCUGCAGCCGGCACCAACCCCAUCGGUACCAAUCCUGUUGGCACCAAUCCUUCUGGCACCAAUCCUUCUGGCACUAACCCUAGUGGUACUGCUCCUGAAGGAACGGCUACCGUGAAGACCGGUGCAAUUAGCUCAACUACUGCCGUCGUGGCUACUGGAACAACAGCUGCAGGAACCGUGGCCACGGCUUCAGCUUCUAGUGCGGGAGGUGUGGCUAUAGGUUCUGCAGCAGGCACUGGUGCCAGUGUCUCUGUUUCUGUUCCAAAUGCUGCUGCUACAGGAUCCACAGCCUCCGCAACUGCUUCAGGCACCGUUGCAUCUGCGUCUGCUUUUGCUCCAGGUACUGUUACAGCCGGUUCUUCUACCUCCUCUAUAGGAACCUCAUCAUCAUCAUCAACUCCAGCUGCUGUAGCUACCGGAACAUCGGCGACUGGAACCGUGGCUAUUGCUUCUGCCUCAAGUGCAGGAGGUGUUGCCACAGGGUCUGCAGCUGGUACUAGUGCAACCCCUUCUGUGUCUGUUCCAAGCUCUGCCGGGACCGGUUCUGUAGCCACAGCUACCGCUUCUGGUUCACAGGCUACAGCAUCUGCUUCGGCACCUGGAACAACGUCCAGUAACACAGUAUCCUCUGGUUUGGUGUCUAUUUUGCCGGUCGGAUCUGCAUCCUCUGUAAUCACUACCGGCCCUAUUGACGUUACAGCUACCUCUGCAGUAGCACCGUCCACUUCUACAACCACCACCACGGCAUCCUCGUCCUUUGCUGUUGAGAUCCAAAGCUGUACAUCUGGGACUGGUUGUGUGGGAGUUUCCCUGAGUCCCACAGAAACUUGUGUUCAAGGUGCUGACUGCGAAACGCAACAAGUAUCCUCCAACAAGCCUGCCGUGACUUACUCGUCCAACGUACAAUCCAUCACUGGCAUUGAAACAACAGCAGAAAGCUCAGGGGGGGCGGUGAAGACCAGCAUUCCAAGCACGCCUUACACAAUGGCAUCAACAAGUAGAUCUUUUUCUUCAAGCUCACCUGCGGUUGUAUCGACUUCAAUCGCAGUCUCUUCAACAACAACAACCUCGUCACCCUCAGCCACCGUCUCGACUUCCAGCACUACCUCGGUUGCACCAGUCUCAUCAACAACGUUUAGCACGUCAACAACAUCCACAAGCUCAGCACCUGCUGCGUCUUCUGCUGCCGUCAUUUCAACAGCAAGCCAGUCCACCACACCAAUCACUGGCAGUGGUGGCGCCACAACAGCUAUAUCUGCUAUAAAUGUCUCAGCCACAACCAACUCUACGCCAACCACAUCUUCAUCCUCUCUAAUAACUUCUACCGCGGCUCCCGCAACCACUACCAGCGGAACAAACGCUGUUGGAGCAGCCGGCACAGCGGCCAUUGGGACGUCCGGAACCGCGGGUAUUGGAACCGCGGCAACCAUCAGCGGUGGAGUAUCUGGUACGGUUGGUGGAAAUGCUGAAGUGAGUGCACAGGGUAGUUCCACAGCCACAUCUUCGUCGACAACACUAGCAGCUGCUGCCACUAAUUCGUCAACCAGCACGCAAACCGCAGCAGCUGAAGUCACAACUUCCACGGGCGAGUCCAGCGACGGAGGGACUCCCGGGGUGGGGAUCUCAGGUGCUGCUGGUGUCGGGAUUUCAGGUGCAGCAGGGCUGGGAACUUCAGGAACAGUAGCGGGAGGGGUUUCCGGAACUGUGGGAGGAGGUGCUGAGGCAAGUGCACAGGGUACAAGCACGAGCACGGAGUCUAGUACAACUUUUAAUGACAGCGGCGACGAGCCGACGGCGCUUGCACAACGGCAACUGACGACCACAACAUCAUCUGCAGCCAUUGUUUCAGGUUCUGGAAAUGCUUCAGGAGGUAUUAACGUUCCAGAGGUGCCAUCGGUGAGCCUUGAGAACCUGUAUGUGGCUGCUGGGGGGACCGAAGCAGCCACGGUACAGACGCUACCUGGUGUUGUGAUUCCUAGCACGCCGCUCCCUGGCGUUACUUCUGCAGUUGGGCUGACUACAGUAGGUAGCAGUUUAGGAGGGGAUAUUAAUACCAUUGCAGGGUACGGGACUACAACAUCGAACGGACAGCUUGUGACGGCAACAGCGGUGAUUGGGUCUCUGGGAGAAUCCUCUGAGAGCGAAACAACAAAUAGACAGGUUCAUACUACGCUGUCAUCAUCGGUGGCGGCGGCAAGCACUUCCGGAUCAUUAGUGCAAGUGACAGCCAGUAGCAAUAUGUGUGGAUGGAUUAAUGGGACUCUUUGUGAGGGGUCUUCACAGUUGCAGCCUGUUGCGGUGAACAGUGGUAUUUUGUUAGAACGGAGUGUUGUUGGAUGGGGGGUUGUUGUAUUUUGUAUGUUGAUGGUAGUUUGA